CUUUUCAGUCCGACACUGUGAGGAGGAGCUGGGCGCGGGAUUAUAAUCUGAUCUGCCACAGUCAUGAUGUCUGACUCCAGGGUCUCCUCGGUCAUCCAGGAGUGGGUGAGUUCGUACCCGGGUCAGACCCACAGUCAGACCCUGAACCCGGUGGCGCCCCACCACCAGCCCGCCUCCACCAACCAGCUGCCCCAGAUGGACAUGAUGUCCUACAUGAGGGGGGGCGGCGAGGACGAGCGGGCGUCGGAGCAGAUGAUGGGGCUGUCGUACCUGCCGUACGCCGGCGGGCCCGGUUCGAACCCCCAGCAGAGCCACGGAGGAGUUCAGCAGGAUUUCUCCUCCUUCCUGCUGCCCACCCUGCGAGCGCCCGUCACCAAGAGGAGCAUCAGCAAGGACAGCGCCGAGUACCGCCUGAGGCGCGAGAAGAACAACAUCGCGGUGCGGAAGAGCCGGGACAAGGCCCGGCGCCGGAUCCUGCUGACCCAGCAGCGGGCCCAGCAGCUGCAGGAGGAGAACCAGAAGCUGCAGAUGAGGAUAGGACAGCUGACGCAGGAGCUGGACACGCUCAAACACAUCCUGUCCCAGCAGCACCUGCAGGGGCCCGACGAGGGCCCCGCGGCGGCGGGGGCCGCCAUCUGA